CACCAAGCAAAGCACCAUCUCAUCUCACCUCGUCUCUCUUCCUCCCUCUCCUCCACUUCCUUUCUAACCAACAGCUCCUCCACCCGCCCUUCAAUCUUGCCCAUUUACCCUCAUCUUUUCCUUUUCAUUCUUAUUGCUAUCGUCUAGUCUUCUUUCUAGCGACGCUUUUUUCUCCCCGUCUGGUAGUUGCCCCAGAUUAGGUCCUGUUUCGCCCGGCCGGUCUGAUUCCCCCUCCCCUCCUCCCCUCCCCCCAAAGAAAAGAAUCCCGCCUUACCUCACGAGACCUUUUCCGCUCUCCUCCCCCCACCCCCUCGUCCGCCUGCUAUCGCUCCAAUAUCGCUCCACAAACCACCUUGAUCCCUUCGGUGGUCUCCCUCAAUGGAUAACAACAUGGAAAUUGAUACCGCGCGGUCGCCCGAACCUCAUCACCUUUCCCCCACAACCGAUCCGGGUUCCAUACCCACCCUCGACGGAUGGAUCGAGAGCUUGAUGACCUGCAAGCAACUGGCAGAGGAAGAUGUUCGAAGACUGUGUGAUCGGGCGCGAGAGGUACUGCAAGACGAGUCCAACGUUCAGCCCGUGAAAUGCCCAGUGACUGUGUGCGGUGAUAUCCACGGCCAGUUCCACGAUCUGAUGGAACUUUUCCGCAUUGGUGGUCCCAACCCCGACACGAACUACCUGUUCAUGGGUGACUACGUCGACCGUGGUUACUACUCCGUUGAGACCGUCACACUCCUUGUUUGCCUGAAAAUCCGCUACCCCCAGCGUAUCACUAUCCUCCGAGGAAACCACGAGUCCCGUCAGAUCACGCAAGUCUACGGGUUCUACGACGAGUGCCUGCGCAAGUACGGCAACGCCAACGUGUGGAAAUACUUCACCGAUCUGUUCGACUACCUCCCCCUCACCGCGCUUAUCGAGAACCAGAUUUUCUGCCUCCACGGCGGUCUGAGCCCGUCGAUCGACACCCUCGACAACAUCCGCUCCCUGGACCGCAUUCAGGAGGUGCCGCACGAAGGUCCCAUGUGUGAUCUGCUGUGGAGUGACCCUGACGAUCGAUGCGGCUGGGGAAUCUCCCCCCGUGGUGCGGGUUACACAUUCGGACAGGAUAUCUCGGAAGCAUUUAAUCACAAUAACGGCUUGACUCUGGUUGCACGGGCGCACCAGCUGGUGAUGGAGGGUUAUAACUGGUCGCAGGAUCGAAACGUGGUCACGAUCUUCUCAGCUCCUAAUUACUGCUACCGUUGCGGUAACCAAGCCGCAAUCAUGGAGAUUGACGAGCACCUCAAGUAUACUUUCUUACAAUUCGAUCCCUGCCCGCGCGCAGGAGAACCCAUGGUCUCGAGGCGCACCCCGGAUUACUUCCUGUGAUGGGUUUUCUUCUGAUAGACAUUUCCUUUCCGUCUCCCCGCUGGCAACGCUGAGGUGAUGCUCAUGUCGACCGGGGAGUUAUCCUAAGGUUCCAGGGAUACAGCAGGGGCCCGCGGUCUAAUUGAGCUUUCCAAAUAAUUGUAUGUCCGUAUUGUCUGACCCUGUUGAUACCAAUCAUGAAAAUAAAAUAAAGACCGUGUCUGCACCUUUGCUU